GAGAGAUUACUUGGCCUAUACAUGAUGCUUGUAUGGAGUGUCAGUUCUAAUCUUGGUGUCACUCAGCUUCUGAACUCUGGGCCCGCUGUUGGUCAGAGAGUGGUCCAGUCUCCUUCAGCCCUGACCCUUCUCCGAGGGCAGACAGCUCGGAUCAACUGCUCCCUGUUAUCCGGAGAGGAGCGGGUGGAUUCGGUGAGAUAUUAUUGGUUUCGGACACGGGACAAUCCUGGGAUCAGUAGAAACGAGUCCAGGAAGUUCCUGAAACCAGGCGCUCGGCUGUCCGUGUCUGACUCGCUGGUCAUUCGAGAGGUGACGGUGGACGAUUCUGACACUUACCAUUGCUCCGUGCUGAGACAGGAUCAAUGGAAAGCAUUUACUGGAAACGGAACAGAAUUAAACAUCCAAGCGAAGCCUGACGUCUCCCUCACUCUGGACCCCGAGGUGGAAGCUGCUGGGAUUCACACUCUGACCUGUGCGGCUGCGGGAUUUCUCCCUCGAGAUCUGAACAUUUCUUGGGCUGUAACGGGAGACGUCUCGUAUGAAGUAGAGGCGGGCCCGCUGUCGGUAAACGGGGACCGAACCUACAACCUGAGCUCCCGGCUGCGGGUUACCGACACUCGGCGGGAGGCAGGAGCCGUCGCCACCUGCCUGGUUCGACAUGUUACAGGGAGCGAGUCGGUGAGGAGAAGUUUCAGCUUCAGCCGAGAUAAUUAUCUUAUCCCAGUAAUUGUACGUCACUUCAUCAUCGUUGUGGGAAUUAGUUUAUUAUUGCUGGCAGUGAUCUGCAUUCACACUUCUCGGUAAGUAGCAAGAAAUGAAAUCUUUCAGAAGUACAUAAAUUUCUACUCAUCUCCAUCUCAAAUGGUUGAGCCCUUAUUUUGAGAGUGUGACUCCUGGUUCUAGACAUCCCAGCCACGGGAAACACAUUGAAAAAUCUUUCAAGGCUCACAGGGUCAAUGAGACCCUUUCUCAGUAAACCCACUCUGGUUAAUCUCUCCCUUGUAUGACAAAUCCGCUAACUUGGGAAUCAAAUUUGUGUGAAUCUGCA